AUGUCAAAAAGACCGGCAGAAGAAACAGUGGAGGCACUGGAAGCCCAACAACAAAGUACGGGCCCGCAAACUCCAAAGCGUGCGCGCGUUGAGGAGGUUAUUGACCAAGAGUUUAUGGAGAAAGGCUCGUGGAGGAAUGGUAUGAUAUUGGAAGCUUCGCGGCCGAGGGCACCGGCCCUCGCUACCGAUACGGACGAAGAUAGGGACGAAGAGGGCGAUGUGGCGGUGGGACAGCUUGGGGUCGGGAAAGCGCAGGAGGGGCCCUCGGAGGGGUUCUCGGAUUUGUACUUGGAUACCAUUAAUCGGUAUGGUGAACCCUCUAUCAGUGCAAGUCCGUACGCCUGAUUUAUCGCUGACAUUAAUCUCACAGAGUUCUGUUAGAUUUCGGUAAGUAACCAAUUCCGAACCCUGGGUGGGAGGCUACUAACUAGGGUAGACUUCGAGAAGCUAUGCUCCGUAUCCCUUUCCAAUAUCAACGUCUACGCUUGCCUAGUGUGUGGCAAAUAUUUUCAAGGCCGUGGUCGCUCGUCACACGCCUAUACACACUCCUUGGACCAAGAUCACCACGUCUUCAUCAACAUUGCCAGUUUGAAAGUGUAUGUUUUACCCGAGAGCUACGAAGUCCAGAACAAGACGUUAGAGGACAUCAAGUAUGUUGUAAACCCAACAUACACCAAGGCGGCCGUAAUGAAGCUUGACAAGGAGCCAUUGAUACGGUGGGAUCUAGGAGGGAAAAAGUACAUUCCCGGUUAGUUCAAGUAUGUCUCGUUGGCGAUGCACCGGUGAGCUAACUUUAACCUCCAUCACAGGUUUUGUAGGGUUGAACAACAUCAAACAGAAUGAUUACAUGAACGUUGUGGUGCACGCUCUUGCACACGUAGCUCCUCUUAGGGACUAUUUCAUGCUAGAGGAUUUAUCGGCAAGGCCAGAACUAGGUACGCUACCCUCGCCUCAACCACGUUCAGGAUACUAACGACCAAUCCCCAGCUCAGCGGUUCUCCAUCCUGGUUAGAAAGAUCUGGAACCCCCGCGCUUUCAAAUCCCAUGUUUCUCCCCACGAGCUUCUUCAGGAAAUUUCUCUCCGUUCUUCCAAAAGGUUCACCCUGACUACCCAAUCCGACCCAGUAGACUUUCACUCCUGGUUCAUAAACAAUCUUCAUCUCUCACUCGGUGGCUCGAAAACGAGGCCGGGGACAAGCAUCAUACAAAGGGUUUUCCAAGGAAAGCUAAAAGUCGAAUCACAGACCAUUACUGCUAGAGCGGAUGCUUCUGAUAGAUUACGAUUCGAAGAAGCAGCUGAAAUUAAGACGGAUAUUGUAAGGUUCAUGAUGUUAACCCUGGAUUUACCGCCAAAACCGAUCUUCAAGGACGAGCAGGACAAGAAUAUCAUCCCUCAGGUCUGAUUACCUACUUACUCACCGUUGGAGUCGCCCUGCUGACCCAGCUCUAGGUCCCCUUGACAACCAUCCUGUCAAAGUACGACGGCCUGCACUCCCAGGAGCUCCUCGGACAGCGUAAACGCUACCGCCUCCUCUCCCCCCUCCCCCCCUUCCUAAUAUUCCACAUCAAACGCUUUAGCAAGAACAAAUUUGUAGAAGAGCGCAAUCCCACCAUCGUUACUUUCCCCACAAGAUCACUAGACAUGUCACCCUACGUCCAGCCUUCGGAUGGCGGUUCCUCAGCGGAGCCAAUCUGGUACGAUCUAGUCGCCAACAUCACGCAUGAGAGUGUCACCACCACAUCAGGAAAGAAAGAGGGCGACAUCAGGAGUGUCUAUAAGGUGCAGUUGGUAAAUAAGGCUAGCGGAGAGUGGUUCCAGAUUCAGGAUUUGUUUGUAGAGGAGGUUGCCAGAGAACUACUAUUUACGAGCGAGUCGUAUGUUCAGAUUUGGCAGAUGAGGAGGGAGCCGAAGGGCAAGGGGUCGGAGGGGUAGUAGCCUAAUGAAUAUGCUUGGUGGUUUGCUAAUGCUCUUUGAGAAAUGUUUUGUCGCCACAGGCAGCAUGAAAAAGUUGUUGCUUUGAACGACAGCUGUGACAUGCUGUAUCGUAUGGAGUCGAGCUAAAGCUACAGCAUCCACAAUACAGUGUGCCCGGGGCGCGUUUAACCACCAGCUAUUCUAAGGGAAUCAUAAGCCACGAGGGUAGGAUAGGCAGACAGUACCGUAUGGCCAUAUAAAAAUGGCUUUAUGUCGCCGAGCCCAGAUGCCACCGAAAUAUAAGCUACUCGUAGUUCCCAAUACGGUACUCGUGCGGUGCACACCUUAUCAUCAAUGUAAAGCUAAAAAUAAAAAAAAAUGAUUGCCCACAUUAUAUAACACAUUCUUCUAUCCUGUGUUUGAGUUUAUUGUGAUUUUGACCG